AUGACUUUUAGUCAACUGAGAAGCAAAAUUCAUCUCAGCAAGCCCAUCUGGUUCAAGGAUUUGGAAGCAGAGGAUCUCACCCUUUGGAGCGUCUCGAUCCCAAUCACAGAAGACAACGACGACACUCCCAUCCUGCUCGAACAUGUCCCCAGUAGCAGCAAAAAAAGGCUCGGCCCGGCCACGCGUCUCUCAAAGGUAUUCCCUGAGGAGCUGCCUGAAGUGACAGUCCUCCAACGACCUCCUCCAGUCCGUGCACCUGUCCCUGCCCGUCCCUCCACUCCACAGCUCAAGUCUAUUCCGAAGGAUCUCCUCGAGCAGGAACUGGAAGUCAUUCUCAAUGACAUCCAGCUUCGCCCUACCACCCCCUCUGUUGAUCCAAUGGAAGUUAAGGCUUUCCAGAAUGAAGAACUUGGACCCUUUUUCAAGAGGACUCUUCCGCAUGGUGAGACAGCAAGAGACAUCAAGCUGGUGAUGCUGGGACUUGAGCUGGGCAAGCUGGCAAGGACGAGCGACGGCGAAACCUUGCAUUCUAUUGUGGAGGAUGACAUCGGCAAAUACAGUGACCGUCGCGUAGUAGCUAUGGUUGCUCCAUCUGGAUCAGGAAAGACUGCGACCGUAGUUGACCUCGCGAGCAAGCACUUUGUGAUCUAUUGUGUUUGUUGCAUCCCGAGCCCCACCAUCUCUCCCGGCUUCAAGGACCCGAACUUUAUCACGCUUGCAGAAGACAUUGAGAGCAUGUACCGGGCCGUUAUUCACAGGAAUCAAGGGCGUUCGCAGGACGCAAAGGACAUCGAUUUCGAAGUCAAGGCCCUAGCAGGAGAACGCGUCAAGCUCGAAUUCCUUUCACGGCUGCUCUUCCUUCAGCAUCUCCUCGACAACAACCUUGCUCUAGAACCCCUGCAGUUCUUCCGUGAACAGACCACCAAAGGUGCCUUAACUACCGGUGACCUGGUCUACAAGCUGAAGGAGUACGACUACAACACAAUCCAAGCCAUGCUCAGCAAAGUCCAAGACAAGCUUCAGUCUAUCCUUGUUUCCAAACGACUUGGACUGGUGAUUGCCCUGGACGAGGCUCAAGUUGCGGUUACUGGGAUCUUGUCCGAAAAGCUCAUCUCACCAUCCGCUUUGAUCAACAGAGAUGCCCUCUUCGACAGCAAAGAACCAUGUGAUGGUAUUAAUUUGGUCCACAGUAUCUGGUGCAUCACGGUGAUUGCUGGUGUGCAAACUCAUCUGGAGAACGUUGUGUUCCUACCUAAAGCAUAUUUGGACAACGACGGAUUCAUUAAGAGCUUGGAAAAAGCCAUGAUGGCUUAUGUCACGACCCUUGCUCGAGGAUUCUGUGUCGGGUCCCCUGCCUUCGACCCUGAGGAGUUUGUUGUGCUCCGUGAUGAGGCCGCGGAGCGGCGAGACUUUCUUCAUGAUUUGAAGACAGAGAUGCCGAAAGGGACAAAAUGGGCAGAUGAAGUGAUCGAGAGCAUCGAGGAAACUGUGAUAAACGGUGGAUUCGAUGAAGCGAGGGUGGAGCAGUGGCCCGAAGACAAGGUCCUACAGAGGAGGUACCAGAAGUUUGAGUACGGCCGGCAGGAACGCGGAAAAGCUGAUCGAUUGGCCUCCUGGUCGUAUGAAAAGUAUCGCUAUUAUUUGCACUUAUGCAAAGGACGAUCACUCGUCACCGGGAUGAAAGUGACCCUGCCAAGAAAACUGGAUAUUGAUCGCAACAUCGACACUGACAAGUACGAUUUCGAUACCAUCCUACUCAUGGAGAAUGAGAUCAACGUGGCGAAGAAGAGUAUGUCCGAGUUCAAGGACUCAUCUGCAUUCAGACUCUCCAAAGAGUCAUUCAAGCCAAAGUGGGCGGUCAAGAUCUUACGCGCUGAUCUAUGGAAAUUGAUCGAGGACACCAACGCAACGAAGGAUGGAUGGGAACAACAACUGCAUGGUGUGCGAUCAGAACCCCGUCCCAGCUUGGAGGUCGAAGCCGAGUCGCCUCUUCUACCGCCGUUUGUGUUACUCGAGGAGCAUACCCUCCAAGGUUCUGCUCUUCCACGACAAACCAUCAGCCCACUAUCAUCGUCUAUCAUAACCAGCCUGCCAUCAAACGUCCCAUCCAAGAUAUCUGUUACAUCUCGUCGCAGCCAAAAAUCGAUCAAGGAUUUUUUUCCAUUGACCCCUGCUCAUGGAAACUCCGCCAUGCGUGCACUGCCCUUGACAGCAGAAAUCAAUACCCAUGGUCGUCACCCACUGGUGGACAUCAGCAACGACGGCAAGGACAGCCAAAUCCAAUCCAAGUUCCGUCGUGGUUUCCUCACACCCUUAUCCGCAACGCUGAGCAACAUGCGGGCAACACUGGUGAUUAUUGGCACCGCACUCUCGUUGCAAGAUGCCGAUCAUGUGUACUCGGCCAUCGCCAAACCCACCAAUUUCUCGAGGAUUACUGAAUUUCCCCGAUUCGAUGAAAAAGACGUUAUCAAGAUCCACUCGAAGCUAGUCGACAUGUCAGACUGUGAAAUCCCGCCCGCCAAACGCCACAAGCUAACCGGACGAGCCCGAUUUUCCAUUGACGUCGUCGAACGCCUUGCCACACGCUGCUCUUCUCAGGACUCGAAACAAGCUAUUCUCGAUGACGCUGUUGACAAGUCGAUUGAGCAUACAAUUAAUGGGCUUCGGAUCGGAGUACGCACUAUUCUCGAAAGCGACAAAACAAACGAGGCAGCUCGGCUUCUUAGUCGAAUGGUCUUGGCCUAUCAUCUCCAAGAUGCCAAAAUUUCGUUCUCGAGCCAACUGCAGUCCGACUUUGUGGCCAAGGCGCUGUGCAGACUGCAACAACACCCUGAUGGUGUUCACCUGAUCAUGGACGAGCCCUUGGUGGUUGAGGCGGUGGAGGAGGCGGUGGAAGAGGGACUGAAGUCUUCGGGCAAGGAUCCUACGUUCAUCGAGUACAUGGAUCAACUGAACCGGCUCAUUGAAAACCUUGGUGCGAAGUCAGCCACAAAGGGGGAAGCUCUGGAGAUGCUUGUUCGUCGAUCGCUUCAGCGAUUCAAUGGUAUCCCAGUGUUUCAGUUCCAGAUCGACGAGAUCAACACAGCCAGUGGAUUUGGAUACAAGGGCAGUGGCGUGACUGCCGAUCUUGCCUUCCUUACUGCUUGUCCUCCGUGCAAGAUGCUUGUUGCGCGAUCUGGUACACGUCCGGAUGGAGUCUGGUUUUUCCCUGAUAAACGGUACGCCGGCUCUCUCGCGAUCAAGUUUUACAGCAACGAUGUGCCUCAGCUCACGCACAAGGAGAACGAGACCUCCAGCGAUAUUCGAGCGUGCUUCUUGAUGACGGACGGUGACAAGUUGAACGCAACCUUGGCAGCCACUCGACACUCCUAUGAGAAUGCAGGCACCCCCUCCAACGUUAAGGGAAUUUUGCGCAUUCACAUGGAGUUUCCGUGCGUCAAGGGAGUGAAGCCGGUCACUCACGUCAGGAAGGAUCCGACGACUCGCGCUAAUGAUGUGAUGGUGUACAUCAACUGUGAGAAUAUAGACAGCUUUUUCGACGAGAGUAUCAAAGCAUAUAGGAACGAUAUGAUCAAGCUGAAGAAACUGAUCAAGUAUGUCUGCGGCUCAUAA